GAUUAUCAUAAACUGCGCUUCCACCCUCAAACCAACUCGAUUUUUUGAAGAGUCUAUUGUCCGCUUGCACGGUUUACUCACUUUCCGGAGUCGCCGAUCACGUCCGGGCAGUUCAAGCUCGGCUGACACUACGGACUCAACAACCUUGACCGCAAACUCCGAUUACGAGGCAACGCCUGCAGACUCGACUCUGUCCACAGAAAUAACACCUCGCUCUUCUACGUCGUCAACUUCUUCAACAUCCUCUACAGCUACCAAAAACAGGAUGCCGUUUCGUCAGAGGAUGGCCCGCCACUUUGGCGACUCGCUCGCUCCUGAGAAGCCCUACCUCAGCUACUAUGAUGUUCUCUUGACUGCCGAAGACAUCAAGGCUCUCAAGCAUGACUGGUUGACCGACAACAACAUCGCUUUCUGGGAGGAGUAUCUCGAGCGCGAAACUCUUCCCAAGUAUCCCCAGGCUCGCAUCGUUCUGCUCCGUCCUAGCAUGACAUUUCUUCUCAUGAAGGAACCCGACACUCGAUCAAUCCAGUCUGCUCUCCCCGAUUUCUCCAAGGUCACGCAUGUUUUCCUACCCAUCAACGACAAUCGUAAUGUGAGUGUCGCUGAGGGCGGUAGCCACUGGUCACUGCUUCUUGUCUCGACCCUCGAUGGUGUGGCCUUUCACUAUGACUCGCUUGGCGGCGCCAACUACUCCGAAGCCAAUGUCGCUACACGCAAGCUUGCCAACAUUCUCGGACGACCUCUGCGAUUCAUCAACCUUGAUGACUGCCCUCAGCAGGAGAAUGGCAGCGACUGUGGUGUCUUUGUCUGCCUCUUGAUGCGACAUCUCCUUGUCAAGCGCCUUCUCUGCGCUAAUGCUCGCGAGAAGGUGUCUAUGAGUAUGGGCGGAAAAAUGGUCGAUAGCUACGGCGGCCGCAAAGAGAUGAUGCGAAUAAUUGAGAAUCUCCGUAAGGAAGGAGAGCGACGACGAUCACGAAGCGCCAGCCCGUUUUCAAACAAGACACCACCGCGGAUUGAAUAGAGAACGGACUGCUUUGGCUCUUGCGAAGAAUUUGAGGAUCUCUUGAAAGAGCUUCUGACAGAAGCGGAUGCUACCAAGAAAGUGGCCGCGAAACCGACCGCGAACCAGCGGGUAACGAGAUCUCGAGUCAAGGAAGACAGCCCACGCGACGAGGAUGCUCCUGUCAAGACUUCUACUACUACCAAGACUUCUCCUGCCAAGACUUCUACUCCGGUCAAGACUUCUCCCAAACGGACUUUGCCUCCUUGGAAGGGAAUGAGAGACUUUGGGCGCCCCCAGGGUUGGCACACUCGAUCGACCUCAAACACACUUGGUCCUCGCACAUGCAAGCCUGACCGAAUCACCAAAGAGACCCGGGUCCCCCCUCCGAGCCCUUCUACCCCUGUCAAAAUCCGGAGCAAGCGGCCUUCCAACCUCACAACAGCUUUGCCUCAGAGUCGCAAGGUGAUCCAAACACGCUGAUACAAGUGCCUGUUCUACUAUUGUAAUGCAAUUUAUGAAGGAUGCUGUGCGUUCACGGUCGAUUACUUUUUCAUUUGCUUUUGCUACAUGGCGUUGGUGGCAGCGAAGAGUACUUAGCGAGUACCUAACGAGGAGAUGUGCCAUCAUGAUAGCGACGGGAGUAGUACGCGCAUUCAUGAUGUUUUAUUAUUGGCUUUUAUCAUCUUUAUCCCCAGAUAUCAAGUAAUGCAAGGGGUUUGCGAGUUAGCGACUGAGGCGUUGGUUAGGAUAGGGAAAAGAUACAGUAUCGAGUGCUAAGCAUAGCCUAUGAAGAAUAACUAUGAUGUUCUUUUAGCACGUUACGUACACUUAAUCAGAUUAGACGAAGUAUUAGCAGGCUCUUAGGCUAUAUCCUGACUGAAGUUG